GUUUCAUUUUUACAAGGUAAAUCAUACAAAUAAUGAAUGAUAGAGAGAAUAUCCUGUAAGUAUUGCAAUUAUUUAGAUUAUAAACGUAUGUACUCAAAUGCGCCUCUCCUUAGCAACAUGGUAAGAGUUUCCGAGUUAACAUUACAAAACAAACACAAUAAUAGGUAUGUAUACAAACAUAACCUCAAUAACCAGAAGAGCCAGAGGUGCGCUACAAUUCAAUUCACCACUUAAUCAAAAAAAUGUAAUUAUUAGCUUUGUAUACUUACCUACAAUUUAGAUUUCGCCAGCAUUCGUCAAGUUUAAAUUUGCAUAGAUAGACGACAAUAAAAAUACAAAGAUUUCACCGAAGUUUCUAGUCAACAUCAAAACGAAACGAAGAGAUGUAAAAAAAAGAGUGCUGAAUGAAAUGAAAUGUGCACUGACAGAUACGUUCCGUUCUAACAAUUGUUUAUUUAAUUUUAAAAAUUGUGGCUCUACCAUGAAAGUCCAAAUUUGUUUAUCUGUCUACCUAUCAAAGAUACAUUAGCGAUUUCAUUGUUUUUUAUUGUCAUUUUACCCGAAAUGUACAUUAAAGAUUUAAGUAUUAGUACUAAAUUGGCCCUGUCGAUGUGAUUCGUUCAUUCAAAUCAAAUAAUGAACGGCUCUUCGUUGGAAACGUCAUACUGAUUUUCAUUAUCUGUGGCAUAAAUGAUCUGAAUGAAUGAAUGAUUCAAAAGCCAUAAUAGAAUACUGAUAACGUGUCCCAACAAACUAAGUGAUAUGUUUAGUGGUAUAUUAUUGGAAUUAAUGCAAUUUGUUAAUUUUUCAUAGUCAUAAAGCAUAUUACAUCCAAUAACAGUACAAAAAAUCAAAUGGUUAAAAGGAUAUAUUUGGAUGUAAAUGAGUGUCAAAUAGUUCUAGAAAGGUGUGUUAGCAGCCAUUUUGAAAAUGGCACUCAUCUGUGAUGAUUGAUAAAAUGCCGAAAACCUUUUAGCCACUGAGGUAAGGCAAAGCUUAUUUAAACUUGUUAUUACUUUUAAAAUAGUUUCUCUUGUUUAGCAUAAAACAUACGCAAUAAUCAUAAGUCAUAUGUUUAAAUACACACGCCGCCAUUUUGAAUUUCAUAGAUUCGGAAGUCAUCGAACUCAUAGAUAAGAUAGAAUUGGAUCUAUAUAUUUUUUAAAUGUCACCUUCGGUUAGUUAAUUGUUGUUUUUACCACGUGUAAAAUUUAUUACGAUAUGGCUUUUAUGUUUUACGAUAUUUUAUGUGUUAGAUUUGUAAGUUUAAAAUCAUCGGUUAACCGCAAACGAAACUGUCUCGUAUAGUCCCUGAAGAGCCGCGCAGGCCGCGAUCGCGGUGCAGUUAGUAAUAACAGGCAGUUAAGUCACUGAAAAUGGAACAAGAACCUCAAGUGUUUUCUUCAAAUAUAACACGAAGUUCGAAACCGUUGAAAAAUGAUCUCACUGAUCUCUUAAAAGUUGAUCCUGCCCAACCUAUUCUACAAAAGACAUACGAUAAAAGAAAUACUUGCGAUUUUAUACCAAAAACAGGCAAGACUUAUGAACCAAAGAGAAAAUCAAAAUUUAAGGUUAGUACUGUGAGAUACGUUAGACAAUUGUUUGAAAAGGAUGUCUACUCCACCUUACUUGGUGAUCUGGAGAAACAGCAAAAUAUUUUACUCCGCAAAAUUAAAGCCGGUUCUGCUAGAGACGAAAGUACAAAGACGAUUACUAGAAAUAUAUUUAAGUGCGAUAAACCGGUUUCAAGAUCCGCGUGGCAAAUGUUGACAAAUCUAAACCCUGAGGAAUAUUCACAUCCUACUCAAUUUGUUUUGUGGAAUGGUAAACGCAUUCGGGUCAACGGUAGCAAAGGCGGAUCGUGUAAGUUCUUAUGCAAAUACGAUCUAGCUACGAGACAGUUCCCGAAAAGAACAAAAUCCGCAUUCAAAUGUAAACCUGUGAUAAAAAGAAAAGGGUUACUGCAAAAUUCCUUGAGUGUAAAUUUUAAACCUGGCCCACUCAGGAAAAAGAUUUUUCUUGAUCAUUCAUAUCAAAAAUAUCAUGUUGGCGGGAUAGAGUUACAGAAUUUACCUAAGCCUGCCCUUGAGAUUAAUCCGACCGUCGGAAAAACGAUAGACCCAACCAUAUCCCAUUUCCUUCAAAACAUGCGACAGGAAGAUGGAACAAUUACUGAGAAGUGGGCUGAGUUUUCAGUUUCCGUGUUAGCUACGGUAGAAAAUGAAAUUGUAAAUCAGAUUGAAAGUGAAUGUUGUGUAACAUUCGAUCUGAAUUAUAAAUGCGACCAACAGCAAAUAUUAAUGCGUCGUGAUCUAAAUAGUGAAUUUGCACCGGCACCGCUCAUUACCAGCAACAUUAUAGACGAUCAUCAUAGUUCUACACCACAGGAUUCAGCUGUAACAUCUGAAAUUCAAAGCGUACUUGACAAGAUCAUAGAUUCUGUAGAAAUCAGCUUGGAACAAGACAAUAUGUACACCGGAGAAGACGAACCACGUGAUGUAAAAUCAGAAGAAAAUGAAAACGUUACUAUUCAACCUAAAGAAGCCCGACUAAAACGAAAAUGUGGAGAACUGGAGAGACUAGAUGUAACGAUUAUUCGAUUAACAGAAAAUGUUGAAAGAACAACUCAUACGUGCCCGAGAGCGUACUGUAGCAUGGGUUGUGUUUGCCCAUCGUUGGAAUGUGGCUACAAUUUUAAAACGCAUUGUGGGCGAAUAGAAUGUAUGUUUGAAUGUAAAUGUGAUUUCUCAAAAUACAAAGUAGUUGAUUCACUGGAACGCGAUUGUUCUAAUUUAUUGCCUGGUUUGCUCAAAUUUGACAGUGAAAUAAAUUCAAAAAUGGCCAAGGAAGAACAAAAAUUCCAUCAUACUGUAAUCGUUACACCGGAAAACAGCAUGUUGUUAAAAUCUAAACGCAGAGAUUGGAAAUCUUCAAGAAAAUACGCAGAGUUCUUUAGCAACAUGCCCCUAAAAAAUGAAUGCAAACCCGAAAAAGUAGCAGAACUUGUAAUUGAAAAACUUAAUCUACCAAAUGUGGAACCCUGGUGUAUGGUACAUGGGUUAUAUAAAUGUUUUUGUAAAUGUUUGUUUACUGAAAACUCUGCUCCUGAGGUAAUAACCGACGAGGUUAAAGAAAUAAAUAGCGGUGGUGCACAAAAUAACGAAACCGUAGAUCUAACUGAUGAUGUGGAUAAACCUAAUAUUAGAGCCAUUAGGCCGCGUGUGCCUUCAUACAGAAACGUAUGUGACAAAAAUCCCACAAAGACUUUCAAAACAAUUGAAAACUUGCUAACAGAUAACCGCACUCAGCUAGCUAUGCAUGAUAAUUGUUCUAGAAGCGCACGAGUAAAAUCUUAUAAAGGGCGAAAAUUCUCAGAUGGAUAUUAUUUUAAUGCAAACAGAAAGAUUUCCGAAAUGGAGCAGCAUGACAAGUCACUGCGUAAUAGAUUGGAUUACCUUUAUCAUGCCAGUACAAGUAACCAAGACGAAGUCAAUUCGAAUAAAGUUAUACCUGGUAUAUUACCAACAAAAUAUGUGCCAUCUGUACCUACCGAAUCCCUACCUCCAUUGCCACCACUGACAUCAGCCCCGACUGUUAAGCAAGCCACUUCAUCUGAAAAAGCCUUAAAUACUAAAAUAAACUUGUAUACAAAUCGAUUACCAGAUAAGAAAAAUUAGUGGCGUGGUUAGA